AUGCACAAGACGGGAGCCUUUGACUUUUUUAGUGGGUUUUUUGACAGUGACAAUUUACGACUGUUUGAUUCUAAUGAGUUUAAGGAAGAUCUAAGGAAGUCUCUAUAUGGGCAGCACAUCGCGUUGGAAACAAUAGUGAAAUCAGUGACCUGGUUUAUGAAAGAUCCAAAUCCACCAAAACCGCUGGUCCUUUCUUUACAUGGACCAACAGGAGUGGGAAAAAGUUAUGUCACUGAGAUCAUCGCAAGAAAUAUUUAUCAAAUGGGGGAAAGGAGCAAACAUGUCCACACAUUCAUAGCCACAAAUCACUUCUCAUACUAUUAUUUGGAACAGGAUGAAGCUCAACUUAUUAAACAGUGGAUUCAUGGAAAUGUAUCAAGUUUUCCACGCUCCAUGUUUAUAUUUGAUCGAAUGGACAUGAUAAGCUCACAUCUGAUCAACACCAUAAAACCUUUUCUGGACUACAUUCCCCAUAUAGAUGGAGUGUCAUUCCGUAAUGCAAUCUUUAUUUUUCUCAGCAAUGCAGGUGGGAGUGCAAUUACCAAUUUGACUGUAGAUUUCUGGAGAAAAGGUAAAAACAGAGAAGAGCUACAGAAGAGUAAGGAAAUGGAGACUCAAAUUUAUCAAGACAUCUUCAAUAAUAAAGACAGUGGAUUUUGGCACUCUUGUCUAAUAGAUCGUCAUCUAGUGGAUCACUUUGUUCCUUUCCUACCUCUGGAACGGAAGCAUGUUCGCCAGUGUGUUUUGGCUGAAAUGGUUAUACUAAACAUGACUUCAAAUCAUUAUCUGAUAGACAAAGUGCUCAUGGAGAUGCCCUUCUUCCCCCAACAUGAGGAAAUCUUCUCUGUUAGAGGCUGCCAUGCACUUAAACACAAUUUGAUGCUGUACAAAUAUAAAAAAGAUAUUUUUUAAAGUACUUUACAUUUGGAGUCAUAUUGCUGUCGACAUAUACAUCAGAUCCACAUCCAUCUACAUGGCUAUACAUAGUGUCCUUAUAUAGACAUUCCUGAAUAGCCUCUUCAACCUGAGCUGCAUUCACAUCAUAAACUUAAAAAUGUCAUUAUUUAAAAGAGUCAUUAUUUAUGAAUUUAAAAAAUGUCUUAUUUGUAACAUAAGGAAUAUUAACCAAUACGUUUUUUAAAGGUUUUUAGUUAGUUUUGGGUCCAAAUUCCUCAGUGCUGGCAUACAGCCUAGAUAAGAGAUUUCCAAAUAGAGUAAAGACAAAAUGAUCAAAUAUACUGUACACCUUAAAGGCACCAAAUCAUUUCAAAGCCAAAUUCAUAAACGGAAUUUUCAUGAUUUUGAAAGCAUUUGAAAAGUUACUAACAAAGAUCUAACAUAAUAAAA